AUGAAAGCAUAUAUGACCUUAGUUGCCCUCCUUGGGGUCGUUACAUCCACCUUUGCCGUCGCCGUUGCCGCUCCAGCGGAAAGUACUCCAGAACCUACGUACGAUUGGGUUGUCCUCGAGAGCGGGUAUAAUACUCCAGUUACUCCCUAUGCAAAUGAGACUGCUGUGGUCGAGGCAAGAGACAACCCGCAAGCAAUUAUGUGCUAUAAUAAAGGCAGAGCUGUGCAAAGAGCAGCCCUUACAAGCUCAAUCGACCACUUCUGCAAUACGAAGGCCAUAGGACGCACCUUGUCUAGUGGUCAAAAUCUCUGGACUCGAUACCUCGAUAACUUCUCGGGAAUCACCGUUUUAGUCUUCAUGGAAAUGACCAACGGGUGCACCUGGACGGUUGACUCGGCUUGCAACAAUAACUUAAGGCAGCCCGUUGACAAGUGUAAUACAGGUGGUGAAAACGGCAAGCAGGGAGGAGAAAUGUGGGACCUCUGCGCGCAUUACAGAAUUGAUCCAGGAGACAGAAACUCCAACGAUUACUGA